CCAAAAGAGAGAAAAAAAGGGCAAAGAGAAAACUAGUUUUAGCCCUUUUCAUUUCCUUCUUCUUCAUUGAGCUUCUGCAAUUCAUCACCAUUUCCAACAGAAUAAUGAAUGCUAAGUCUGGGAUAAUUGUUGGGAAAAAGAAGAGAGUUUUUUCUCAUCGAGAUUUGGAAAACAAAGGAACUUCUCGUAGUAGGAAAAUGGAUUCGGAGACGAAAGAUAGGUUUUCUGAUUCUAGAAGGAGUACUUUAUAUGGAGAGCGUAGAAAGUCUAAAAAUAGUGAGAGAAACUCAAUUAGGAAAGUGGAAGAAGAAAAUGGUACUAAAAGAAAGACAUUAGACCUGAGAGGGGGCAAGCAAAAAGGAGAAUCAUUUUUGAGGAAGAAGAAGGUUGAGGAUAAGAAGAAGUUAGGUGAAUAUGAAGAAAGGCCAAAGAAGAAGAAAAAGCGAGGUAUUCGAAUAGAUCCUCAUGAUACCUCCAACAAGAGGCUUUAUGAUGGAGUAGCAACUAAAGUGCUUUCAGAUGACAAUAAGGAAAAACAAGAAGAUUCAGCAAAAGAGAAAACUGUUGAACUGUCGAAGAAUGCACAAUUUCGUGCAAUACGCCCCAGUCCAUCUAUCCUUUCUUUUGUGGAAGACAACUUGUUGGGUCGUAGACGUGAUAUUCAGUUAAAGAGGGCAGGCUAUAACAUUGAACUCUCUGCACCUUUAGAUAACAUUCCUUUCUCAACAAGCUCAGAAAGAGAACGGAUUGAAGAGCCGGUGUUCAGGAAUAGAUUGGAAUUUUUUGCUGCAGCUAAGGUUUCCUCGUCGUUCCCCCCUGCUGAUCUUCCAGAAAUUGCAUUUGCAGGAAGGUCAAACGUGGGAAAAUCAUCCUUACUAAAUGCAUUGACCAGGCAAUGGGGUGUUGUACGGACCUCAGAUAAGCCUGGCCUCACUCAGAGUAUCAACUUCUUCAAGCUUGGUUCAAAAAUGUGCAUGGUUGAUUUGCCGGGAUAUGGUUUUGCUUAUGCAAAAGAAGAAGUGAAAGAAGCUUGGGAGGAGCUUGUGAAAGAGUACGUUUCUACACGUCUUGGUCUAAAGAGAGUCUGCCUUCUGAUUGAUACAAAGUGGGGCAUGAAACAAACGGAUCAUGAGCUUGUUGAUUUAAUGGAGAGAGCUCAAACAAAAUACCAGAUUAUUUUAACUAAGACAGACACGGUUUUCCCAAUAGAUGUGGCACGACGAGCCAUGCAAAUUGAAGAGAGCCUCAAGGCAAACAAGUCUGUUGUUCAGCCUGCGGUGAUGGUAAGCUCAAAAUCUGGAGCUGGUAUCCGAAGUUUAAGAACAGUGCUUUCUAAGAUUGCUCGGUUUGUGAAACCAUAAAUGGCGGUAAGAUUGGCAAGAAACAUUAGAAUUGUUAUAAGUGUAUGCUAAAUCGCUGUGUGGUGCCUCUUGAAAAAAUUGGUUUUGCGAAGGAGUGAUUUAUUUCAAAAUUGAGGAUCUUUUGAAGAGUCUAAAUCUCAAAUUUGAGGAAGUUUGGAGAAGAUUUAAGGUAGUUUUUCGUGAAAUUUCUGAUUUGAGCUUGAAGAUAUAACAUUUCAAAUUUUUAUGUUUAAGAAUUAGGUCUAUGAUACACUUAUAUUCAGGUCUAUAACAGAUUCAUAAGCAGCCUAUAGGUUAUACCAACCCACUUGCAUUAUCUAUUAUCAACUUCUAAAUAUAACCACUUGCAUUAUCUAUUAUCAACUUCUAAAUCUCAAAACACCAAAUCACAUAAAAAGCCAAUAAAUACUCAUUUUUUUCUUCUCAGAACUUAUCUAUGUUAACAUUAAAUGA